AUGCCCACCCCAGGGUAUGUCUUCCGCGAUGGCGGCGACACUCCUCCAGCAGAGGAGAAGCCUGAUUCAGAGUUCCGCCAGAGAAUCACCCAAGCCACGAAACCUCCUGCAGUGACUUCGAACGCUCCCCUGGCUCAGAACACCACCACAAGCCACCAACUAGCCACGGGAGCCACGGGAGAUCAUGAAGUCCAGGGCGCUGUCCAGAGGGCCGGUAAGGAGGACAGAACAACGAAUCUGGGAUGGCAAGCCAACGCUGUGGGUGUAGAUAACUUGGUCGGAGGCCUUCCCAAUGACGAGCUGUGGACGCUGAUCAGGAGAUUCAACAAGGCAAGUAUCUCAAAGCCUCCCAAUUUUGUGGAACAUACGCUUACCGCACUGCUAGCAAAUGCACCUCCCGGAGGAUUGGACCUCAACUCUGCCGACGACGAGGAAUUCUCCCCCGACAAACUCCGCUCAAACAUUGAACGUCUGUACAUGACCGUCAUUGUCGGGCUGAUUGCCUUUGGGAAGCACAUUGCAAGAUUGAGAUCAUGGCGCGAACCCCGUCGGACCGCUUGCUUCGCCGCUGUUUACUUUGUGGCUUGGAUAUUCGACUUCAUCGUGCCCACUCUGGUCGCCAUGGUUAUCGUCCUCAUCACUGUCCCGCGGUCUCGGAGUAUCUUGUUCCCUCCUGCACCUCUUGCACUGGUCAGCCAUAAGUCAGGUGGAGUCCAGAAACCAAAGGCCGGUGUGUUGGGCAGCCAUGACAGUGUCACUGGAGCACCCGAGAAAUACAAGGGCGAGGCUGUUGAGCAGGAGGCUAGUAACUUGGUCUCCGGCAUUGCCUCUGUAGCCAUCUCGAGCGCUGCUGGCCGGCAUGACCAAGCAAGCCCGGAUGAACAGGGCGGUAGCAAGACCUUGGAUAAAGGAAUGCCCGACCCAACCAAGAUCGCUACAGCCGCGGCAGAUGCUUCUUCGUCUGCUCAAGGCGGCGACCCGGAUGCUGUCCAGGACAAGACCAAGAAACCCAUGGAGGAUGCUGUGUGGAAACAAGUCCGCCCGAUCAUGCGUGGCAUCGGAGAGGCCUCUGACAUGUGGGAGCGUCUCGCCAACGCCUUGUCGCCCACUCCGCCCUUUUCCCAGAAGAAUCGUCUCCAGCUGGGCGCAAUCUUCGUGCCAAUUCUUCUGAUCUCUCUGAUCACUCCUGCCCAGUGGGUUAUGAAAGGAUCGACAUUCUUCGCCGGGUUUGGCUUUUUCUCCGACCCCUUGAUUAGACAAGGCAUUCAAUUGUUGAACGAGAAGAUCCCAGACUGGCCGAAAUACCUCGAGAUCCGCAACACUCUCCUCAAGGGCGUACCAACCAAUGCCCAGCUUACCGUCACUUUACUGCGCAUUGGCGAGGCCAACCGCGCUCCAUUACCGCCACCACCAAAGUCCUCUGAACCGCCACCAGACAAGCCAGCCGAGAUCGACAAAGAUGCUAUUACUGAGGGAGGCUUAGAUGCGUCGCACUCGGAGAUCGAAGAUGUCAUUACCGUUGACCAACCCAGCGGCACCGAAGCUACGGAAAUGCAAGAACCUAAGAAGAAGAAGGGCGGUUUCGGCGCCAAGAUACUGUCUGCAUUUAAGACUAGCACGGCCGGCGCAGUAGAGACCAAGCUGACUACAGACGCUGUUCGAGCUACCAUGGGUUCCGGCAAUGCGAAGGAGAAGUUGGGCGUGCUUCCAUCACGGGCAGAGAUGAAACGCAAGCCGAGGGAGGGGCCUGUGGCAUUCCGGGCGAGAUACCACGGUCGGAAGGGUGCCGUGUACAUUGACAGCUCCGUUUCGCCGCCGAGUGGCAGGAGACCGGCCUCACCGUGCGUAUAUUUCACGACACAUCUUGACGACGACGAAACUGUGGAGAGUAUGCCUCGCGACCCCGAUUGGGCAGUGUCCAUCACGGAUAUCGCGGAGGUGAAGAAAGUCGGUGGGCUCGGGUGGAAGGGUAAGAUCGUGGUCGGGUGGGCGACGGAGAGGGAGGUGAAGGAUGGAAUUGAGAUCGUGGCCAAGGAUGGGUCGGUGUACCGUGCGAUGGCUAUCAAGGAAAGGGACGAGCUGUUCAAUCGGUUGAUCUCCAUGGGCCAGCAAGUGUGGGAAAGCCAUUAG